AUGGCAUCCUUCAAAUAUUUGCAUCAUCGCAAGUGCCCAGUGCCCAGUGAGCAGUAUCCAGUGAGCUCCUUACUGGACACACUCGUGCUCUUUAGCUUCAGCUAUCCACACAUCCUCAAGUGUCAUUCCUCAUCCUUUGUAUCUCCAGUUGAUAUUACCCCUUCUCUCAACAUGUCAGACAAUUUCCAACAUCCAUCUCUAUUUGGAACUGCAAACUCACCACAGCUCUCUGUUCCUGUGGUGAGCGAUGCCACUUCUCUAGCAGGAAAUGUCUGCAACCUCUCCAGAAUCUCCACUCCAGCCUUCACUUCAACAUGGCCACUGCCAUCCACCUCUGGCAUCUCUUUCCAGCCACUCACGGGUACUGCCUAUCUUUAUCAACAUUCUAGCACACCCAUGCUGACAGGUGUUACUGGCCAGAACCACAGCUGCACUUCAGUCUCCUCUUGUCCCAGUACUUUUGAAAGGAAGUACACAGGACACACUAAAAAGAAGUCAUCUGAACUUAGAGACUUCACUGUGACUCUCAACCAGGGCACAGUCCCUUCAAUGGCUGUGACACCACGAUAUGUGGAUGCCAAUGCCAUAGUCCCUCUGUAUCCAUCACUGUCUGGCAGCCUGGUUCAGGGGACAUUAUCUCAGAUUCCACAUCAAGAGAGUAGCAUAUUACUUCCCUACCAACCAAGAAACCAGGUUUACUACUAUAAUCAAAACACUAUGGGCCCUCUGUUAUUUGGAGAGCCUGGUCCCUGCCUGCAAUCAUAUGGCUCUGUGACCUACACAGGGAGUGGGUUCUUUGCUCCUCAGCCAGAAAUAGUGAUGACACUCCAAGAGGUCCAGCCUACAGAUGUCUUACCACCAGUCUCCACUUCUGGAAUCUACUACUCCGUGUCUGCUCAACCUAACACAGAAACCAAUUUCCAAGAAACUAAUCUGGGAAUGGAAACUUUCCUAGAAUUGCAACUUCCAAGUCAGAAACAUUAUCAGCCAGAAAUUGCAGAGAGUCUCAAGAAAACUAUAGAAAGCCAGGAUGCCCCAUUACUCUCUAUAGAAAUCCCUGACAUUUGGCAGCUGCAGGUCAACCGUAACCUUAGAGACAAAGGACAAAUGGAAUUAACUGGAACAAUAGGUGGGCUUAGAAACAUUGCUGUGAUGGUCAAAGACAUUCAUUUUAACCAGAUUUUCAAUUCAUUCACAGAUCUCAAACAAUCCAAUGUUUCUACUACAACUGACAUCAAAAGUACAGAAACCAUCAAUGAGAUUCUCCUGCAGGAAAACUCAAUGGUCACUAAGCAUUCCACUGGUCAAGUCCAAAGGAACAAGCAUGAAGCCUUGGAAAGUGUGGAUGGAACUCCUGAGGUCAAAGUCGAAUGCCAGCCCCCAGAGCUCCUGCUGGAGGAAGAGGUGACUGUGUGCACCAUCCCAUCCAGUGACCAGGCUUCCGUGAACACAGACAAGCAUUCUGACAGCAAAUCUCCAAAAGCUGCAUCCAGCAAGGUCAGCAAAACUAAGAGCCAUGCACAGAAAGAGACCAAAAGGAUCAGGGAGAACCACCCCAAGAAAUGUGAUGAAACCAAGCAGCCAGGGAACAAAAUCAAAAAAGAAGAAAAGACAAGCAUUCCCAAGACCAAGCACAAGAGAAGUCACCCUGAGCUUAGCCAAGAGACCUUCAAAAGGCCUCGAACCAACCUAGGCGUGCAGAUGUGGGAGUCAGUGCAGGUUUUCCAUGCACUAGGGAAGAAAAGUGAGAAGAAAAAGGAGCUGCCUUCCCCCAAGGCCUUGAGAAAUGCCAGCAGCACACAAGAAACCAAGUCCACUCCAGCUGUGAAAUCCCGGCUGGGUAUUCCCCAUGAGGGCAAAGGCCCUAAAAUUACUCAAGUCAAGAAAAGGGAUAGGAGUGAAAGCCAGUGUCCAUCACCAACCCAGGAUGAGCUGCCUCCACCUGGGAAGGUCAAGCUGGUUCCUUUGCCUUUUCUAGCCCCAGAGAAGCCUCAAGCUCGACCUGUUUCUCGCAGGCCACAGUCUCUGGCCUCCCGGAGACCCACUGCACCUUACCGUGCUCUCCCUUGUUCUAACACAGCUCAGCCUACUGCAGUCAGCCGAUCUCAACCAGCUACUGCCAACACAUGCUUCAUAGAUUCCACCAAAACAUCACAGCCAAUUGCAGCCAAAACAAUCAAACAGGGAUUGACCACCACUCCCCAGCCUAGUGUGUCUCAAUCAACCGUUGCUAGGCCUGAACCUUACAAAACAUCAUCUUCCACUUCUCUGCAGCAGAAGCCUGUGUCAACUUCUGGGACCAAGUUCCAGUCACCACCUAAACCUCAAAGCCAGUAUCUACUCCAAGACUUCAGCCGCCAACCAAUUCCAUGGAGGAAACCUGAUAUUCCUGGGCCAGUAGUAUCAAAUCCCAUCACCAAGGAGCAGAGGCCAGAGCGUGAAGCCAUGAAAAGGCGGGCCCAGAAAGAGCGUGAAAUUGCUGCUCAAUACACUGCUUUGGGGAAACUGCAGUUUUUUGCUCAGAGGCAAAGAGAUAUGGAAGUUUCUCAGUAUUACGGCUAUGUAAUGUAA